GUUCCAGUCUUCUUCUCGUUGACGCAAACUCUCAGUCAAGUCUCCCCAAACUCAUGCUGCUGGGGUUGCGACUGAGGACAUCGCUCAGCCACGCCCGACCGACUCGCGUCGCUGCUGCUGCUGCUGCUGCUGCUGCUGCCGUCUGCGCUCCAACGACCACAGGACGAAGCCAUCCGAUUCUGCGCUUUUCAUUGCACGCUCGAUCGGCAUCGUCGGAUGCGUCUCAGGGCCACUCGACUGCAUCGCCCGUCCGCGUGCGCUUUGCACCGAGUCCGACUGGCUUUCUGCAUCUCGGCGGACUCCGAACCGCGCUGUACAACCACUUGUUUGCCAAGAAGGCAGGCGGUACUACGGUGCUGCGGAUCGAAGACACGGAUCAGACACGCGAGGUGAAGGGAGCCGCAUUGAGCAUUGAAAACAUUCUGCGAUGGACCGGUAUUGAGUUUGACGAAAGUCCGACUCGUGGAGGCAACUAUGGACCCUAUCACCAGUCGCAGCGAUUGCCCAUUUAUCACAGCCACGUCAAGAAACUCCUUGAGACGGAUUCGGCCUAUCAAUGCUUUUGUUCAGCAGAACGACUCGAUAUUAUGCGACUAACACAGCAAAAGACUGGACUGCCAGUCAAGUAUGACAAGCAUUGCCUCACUUCGAUGACGCGCGAAGAGCGCCAGCGACGCGCCGACGCCAAGGAGACGCAUGUCGUUCGCCUCAACGUUCCGACUUCUGGUGCCACCGUGGUGGACGACAUGGUCUAUGGAUCCGUGUCGUACCCAAACGCAGUGAUUGAUGACCAAGUUUUGCUAAAGUCGGACGGGUUUCCCACGUACCACCUUGCGAACGUCGUUGACGACCACUUGAUGGACAUUUCUCAUGUGAUGCGAGGAGAAGAAUGGCUGUCGUCAACGCCCAAGCACAUCAUCCUGUACAAUCGGUUUGGGUGGCGCGCACCAAAGUUUGCCCAUUUGCCUCUGUUGCUGAACAAGGAUAGGACAAAGUUGUCCAAACGCCAGGGCGAUGUUUUCGUCGAGCAGUUCCGCGAUGCCGGCUUUACAGCCCAGGCCCUUGUUUCGUUUGUCGCGCUGCUCGGCUGGGGCCCAGAGCAUGUGCAUGACAAGAUGACCAUGGAGCAGUUGAUACCGGCUUUUGACAUUUCUCGCGUGCAUCGCGGAGGAGCUAUUGUCGAUACCGUCAAGUUGCGUUCGUUGAGCAAGGCCUUCUUGAUUGAAUGGCCAGCAGAGUUUGAGCGGCUGACUCCUGCUCAACGCGAAGGCCUUGACGCGCUGCGUGCUGCCAUUUCCACUCAAGUAUCAUCCAACGGUGCAAACCAAAUCCCCGCAGAUCGGCUCACUGAUGCGUAUUUGCACGCUGUCGUUUUCACGAUGAAGGAUCGAGUAAGCCUUGUUCCAGAGAUUGCUUCAUACGCGUCAUAUUUCUGGGUUGAUGCCGCGCCAGACACGCAAGCGAGUUCUGGACCGUUCGGCGCUUUGCUCCACGCUGUGCGACGGGCGUUUGCCGAGAAUCUAUCGGCUGCCGAGUUUACUGAAGAUCGAAUCAUUGCCACGAUCAAGGCGCAGCUGCCGCGCGAGGACCAGCUGAACGGGGCUCUGAAAGCCCUGCGCAUGGCCGUCACUGGCGCUAAGUCUGGUGCCCCGCUUGGCAAGACGCUCCAAGUUCUGGGUCACUCGCGAACGCUCUCCAUGCUGGACAACUCGUUGGCAGUUGCACCCCAACCCUCUCUUCACUGAACGCAGCAUUGCAAUACAGUAUAUUUUCUUUUUGAUUCAACAGCCCGC